GCAGUUGGUGUUAACAGUAAUGUUCUAUGACAUGAAUAAAAAUAUUAAAUAAAAUGUAACUAACAAUGUUAUUAUUAUGUUUUGUUUAUUAGUAUGUUUUGUGUUUUAAAGGCAUAUUAAACAAGUCACUAAGUGCAGUAAUAACAAAACCCUUCGACAAAAUGGUAUACCCAGACAUGAUGAUCCGACAAGGCAGCAUUGACGAUAUUAAUGCACAACAGUUCUUGAAGAUCUCCAAUUAUGAAGACACAGUUCGACAGCUUGAUAUUUACUAUGCAAUAGUUAAAAGGCAACUGUUACGAUUUCAAAGUCCAAUAACUGGAUUGUUCCCAGUUCUAUCUUCUGAUCUACAUGUAGGCAGUGUGCGAGAUAGUAUAUAUUGUGCAGUGGCUGUGUGGGGCUUAUAUCAGGCAUACAGGCGUAUUGACGAUGAUCGAGGAAAGUCGCAUGAGUUAGGUCAAAGCACAGUCAAAUGCAUGCGCGGUAUUUUAGAAUGCUGGAUAAAACAAUCUGCGAGGGUUGAAGCAUUUAAAACUCGCCAAUGUGCCGCACAUGCUCUCCAUGUAAAAUUCCACCUUAUUACUGGAGAACCAGUUCUUUCUGAUGAAGAGUAUCAUCAUUUGCAAAUAGAUGUUGUCUCACUUUAUUUAUUGUUUCUUGUGCAAAUGAUAACAGCUGGAUUGCAAAUCAUAUACACACAGGAUGAAGUAGCAUUUGUUCAGAACUUAGUUUACUAUGUUGAAAGAGCUUACAGAACUCCAGAUUAUGGCAUGUGGGAACGAGGAUCCAAAUACAAUGAUGGUAAACCGGAAAUUCACGCUUCCUCCAUAGGUAUGGCAAAAGCAGCCUUAGAAGCUAUAAAUGGAUGCAACUUGUUUGGAGACAAAGGUGCGUCGUGGAGCGUUGUCUAUGUUGAUAUCGAUGCCCAUAACCGCAAUAGAAGCAUUUUCGAAACGAUGCUACCUCGCGAAUCAAGUUCGAAGGGAGUUGAUGCUGCACUACUCCCUACGAUAUCAUUUCCUGCGUUUGCUACACAUGAAGACAUUUUGGUACAGCUAACAAAAAACAACAUUCUCACUCGACUACAAGGCAAAUACGGCUUCAAAAGGUUCAGCCGCGACGGCUACAAAUGUGCCCUCGAAGAUCCCAACAGAAGGUAUUACCAUGAAGGAGAGUUGAAAGAAUUCGAUGGCAUCGAAUCAGAGUGGCCGCUGUUUUAUGUUAUGAUGAUCAUUGACGGUGUAUUUCGCACUUUACCCGAUCAAGUGGAGGAAUAUCAGAAAUUAUUGAAGUCUCGAAUAUAUAUGGAUGAAUAUGGAGAUCCUGUAAUACCCUGGUAUUAUUACGUCCCUCGGGAAGGCGUGGAAAAUGAACGCAAUGAGCCUUAUUCUGUUCGAAGGAUACCUGCCAACCAACCUGGCGAUAAUGAAAAUAAAGACACAGGUGGCUUGUUCCUAUGGGCGCAGUCAAUGUUUGUCCUGGCGCAAUUGUUAACGGGCGGGUUGCUACAUGUAAAUGAGUUGGACCCUAUUCGACGAUAUCUGCCAUCAUAUAACCGACCCCGACGAGCAGGACGUUACUCCGCUUUUCAGGGCACCGCGACAGAUCUUGUGGUUCAAGUAGUACUCAUAGCGGAAUCAAUGCGUUUACAAGCGAUGUUGGGAACAUAUGGCAUACAAACACAGACGCCGCAUGAAGUUGAACCAGUUCAGGUGUGCAGUUCUACACAAUUGGUGCAUGUGUAUAGAGAGUUGGGCGUCUGUCCAAAGUUAAAACUAACGGGACGUCCUAUCAGACCCGUGGGAUCAUUGGGAACGAGUAAGAUUUACAGAGUUUGCGGAAUGACGGUGCUAUGCUACCCUCUCAUUUUCGAAGUUUCAGAAUUUUACCUUUAUAGAGACAUGGCUUUAUUGAUUGAUGAUAUAAAGACUGAACUACAGUUCGUUGGAAAAUACUGGCGUUUGUCGGGACGUCCCACCGUGUGCUUGUUGGUGCGUGAAGAACACAUGCGCGACCCUCACUUCAAACAAAUGCUCGACUUAUUUGCCAUGCUUAAGAAAGGACAUUGUGACGGAGUCAAAGUAAGACUUGGCCGUUUACAGAAUUUGAUCUCAAGCUCGUGUAUAGAGCACUUGGAUUUCAUGAGCCAAGGCGAGUUCCCAGCGGAGAUGUUCACCCAGUUCAAACAGCUGGAACACGAGUACAUCGGCUACCAGUCACUGACGGACGUGCCGCGUACACUCACAUACCGCGAGGACAAUCUUAACUACGACUCGUACAAGGACAAGCCCUCGCACGAAGUAGUCUCUGCUUUGCGAUCCACUGAUAAUAUAUUCGCACAAUGCCAACUGUGGGGAAUACUGCUUGAGAGGGAAGGACCUAUGUAUGAGGUGAAUGGUAAAACGGCUCUAGAGUCCCUAAAGAGCCUGUACCACAGUGCUGGAGUGCUCCGACACUGGCGCGCAGUGCGGUACUGCUCCUCACUACUGAACCAUACAGUUGACUCGAUCAGUCCCUUCAUCACAACUGUACUCGUGAAUGGGAAACAGCUAACGGUUGGUGUGAUCGGUCGAAAAGAAACCGUAUUCGACAAGCCCAUGACACCUGGUGAAAUCCAGUCUGUGAUGUAUUCCACUAUUCAACCCUAUGAUGUCAUUGGAGCUGUGCUGCAACAGGAGAUAGUUCUUUACUGCGGUAGGCUAAUCGGCACAAAUCCAGAUAUGUUUCGUGGUAUACUGAAGAUACGUGUGGGCUGGGUGCUGGAGGCCAUCCGCACGUAUUUGGAGUUGUUUCCGAACGAGAAGCGCGCCGACGCUACGUUGGAGAGCCUGUCGCCGUACCGGCUGCGAAUACUGCUGCAGCAAGUGCUCACCGUGUCCGACUGGGCCGACGAGCGUGGAUUAACACCUUUGCAACGUCGUCAGUUGGAAGGUUGUCUGUGUCGUGUGCCAAAACAUUUUUACAUACAAGUCUGGGAUAUUCUUUUAAGAACUCCUAAAGGAAUUAUUGUUCAAGGCCACGCUAUUCCCGCACAACCAACACUAGUUAACAUGUCGCGGUCAGAACUGUCGUUUGCACUCCUUGUGGAAGAAGCAUUAGUUCGUAUAGAGUCUGCGCCGCGGCGUCAGCUCUGCGUGGAACUACUCUGUGUCCUGGCUACCAUACUGCGACGCAAUCCCGAGCUCUACUUACAACAGGCUCUAGAUCUGGAUAAAUUGCUGGACGAUGCCCACUACACUUAUGUCAAGGAUAGCGGUGCGGCGGGUGUGGGUGUGGGGGAGGGCGCGGAGGCGGGGGCGGGGCUGGGCGCGGCGUCGCCGGCGGUGACGCUGGGCUACCUGGCGCGCGCCGUCGUCAACAGCGUGCUGCAGGCCGCCGCCGCGCCGCACCUGCAGCCCGCCGCGCACGACUCCUGCCUCGUCGCCUGACGCGCCGCUCUACCUACACCACGUACAUCGCGGCGCCACCACACUAAAUAUAUUAUACCUAAAACACUGUCUCAACCAUCUCUGUUAUUAGAUACAAUUACUUACGCUUCUUAAAAGCGUUAGAGUUAUUACUUAUUAAACGUAUCCCACACACAAACGGCUUGCGGUACAGCGGCUCCACCCACUGCAAAAAUACACCAACGCGAUCGCAGUGGCGGCCUGUAACUCCAUUCGCCAUUCGCUGUGUGUAAUACGAUCGGACGUCAGUCAACAUGACUAUCCGUGACAAAAUCUUAUUAAUUGUAUUAUAUUCAGCAAUAGUAUCCCAUAUUUUGUAUUUAAUCCUAAUGCUUUUGAAAUCACAAUGUGAAGUAUCAUGUACUGUAUAAUUUUACACUGUUUCUAUUAAAAUCUCUGUAUUUAGUGUCAUUUUUCACGCGGUAUACGCGACCUGUUGUAAAAAUUAACAAGUGACCACGCUGCGCCCACCGAUAGGCCGCACACUCGCUACAUACACGCAGUGGCGGAAGGGGCGGGGUACGCGGCCACGCCCGCACAUGACCCGCACGUGUUUGCAUUCACUUACAUUGCGAGCGGAUACAAUACACGCCGCAGCUGUCACCGCAAGCCGCUUGUGUGUGGGAAACGCUUUAAUUUUCGUAAAAUUUAUACAGGUUUAUUAUACGAGGUUUAUAUUGAAAGCCUCGCGAUUAAUGCUACAGACCACGGUCUUCACGAAAUUUAGCAUUUACUAAAAUUUGCUAUCAGUAUCCUGUCCCAUUAUUGUGCCAUUGUACGUCUAGUACUGUUAUUUAUUCUGUGCCCAAUGUUUAAAAGUUAUAUUUCAAAAUUAUAAAUGUAAGUAAAUUCAUGUAUAAAAAAAUGUGUAUAUAAAAAAUGGAUUUUAUUAAUUGUAAUUUAUGUCAUUAGUGUUAGGUUUGUAUAUUAAAUAUUUUUUGU